GAGCAAAAUGGCGGCGCCCAUCCAGGUUUCGAGGCUCGUGCAGAAGUAGCAAAGGCUGAAUGAAAUGAACCAACCGCUAGUCAGAAAUGUUUACCAGAUGAUCCAAGUUAGUUAUUCGAAGCCUUUGAGAGUUUUAGCAGGGUUACUGGACAAUAUGAAGUGUUAGUCAGUUUACAUUUCAGUGUUGUCAGGGUUGAACCCGUACCACAGGUGGAUUAAGGUGACACGAAGUAAACAGGAAGGAGCGUUUUAUUCCAAACACAGGUUAUGAUUUUGUCACGUGUACGAUGCGCGAGGGUGCUGCAGCUCACCCUUGCGAUCAUAAAACCGGACGCUGUCGCUCAUCCUCUAAUACUGGAGGCUCUUCAUCAGAAAAUUCUAGAGAACAACUUCAUCAUUGUUAGAAGGAAAGAUCUCAUCUGGAGAAGAAGUGAUUCAGAGAGGUUUUAUGUAGAGCAUAAAGGACGGUUCUUCUACCAGCGACUAGUUGAAUUCAUGUCAAGUGGUCCAAUGAGAGCUUACAUCCUAGCGAGAGAAGAUGCUAUUACCCACUGGCGGGAGUUGAUGGGUCCCACUAAAGUGUAUCGAGCACGGUACACAUCACCGAGGACCAUUCGAGCGCAAUAUGGGCUCACUGACACUAGGAACACAACACACGGCUCAGAUUCGUCAGAGUCAGCCGAAAGAGAGAUUGCAUUCUUCUUUCCAGAAUUCAGUGUUCAGCACUGGCGAGAUGUGGAGGAGCCAUGUUUUAGGGCAGGGCACAUUGAAUAUGACGAGCAGAGACAAAUCCAUACUGCACUAAAACACAUCUAAGCAUUCUACUGCCUUAACCAGAAACAUCUCUCAUGUAUAUAAAGACCUUAAAAGCACUGCUCAUGCUGAAUAUUGUGCCAUUUUCUUGUAUUUAACAAUCAGUUGAUCACAGGUUGCUGUGUUACCUUCUCCGAUUUAUAAUUUAUAGAAUCUUCAUUAUUUUCAAAUAUUUUUGUAUCAUUUGUCUUUAUAAAUGAUUGUGUUGCAUCAUGUGCACUUUGAAUUGCUACUUUUAUUAUUGAAUACAUUAUACUGGC